UUCGCAGGCUCUCCAUCGACUUCCGCCCAUACUCAAGGAUAUAAGCUGCUGGCUUCGACUCAGAACAUUAGACUCGUGACCAGCCUGCUUCUGCGUACCCUAAACGGGACCAAGCCUGAGGCUUUCGCGUCAAUAAACUCGGCUUUCAAGAUUGCGAACGGGUGGAUAUAAAGCUCCACUUGCCGUUUACGCAAGUGCACUCCCUUAAUAUAGCUUCAGUGCUCCCAAGGUUGAUUUUGGAUCAGCUCCCCUUCACGUUUUCAUACAGGAAGAUCAAGUUUGUGAUCGCAAACACCCAUGAGAGAACAUUCGGCGAUCUGAAUGUACACCCUGGCCACAUGCGAAGCAUUCUAUUGGUUGGACGACGUUCAUGUCCAAGGUACGUACAGAACCUCUUUCCGCAAAGAUGCAUUUUGCCUUUAAAGAACGGUGCAAACAAGUGAAGCCGCCUUCUUCCAACACGCCUAUUAAAGAGGGGCAGCCCAUCGUGUUUCUGUGGGCUAUUGUGAAGUACACAAUAGCAAAGCUCAGAGGCAAUCAUUCUCUUCCGUCGCCACCAGGGCCAGAUCAGCUACCGUUCCUAGGCGCUGCUCUACAAGUCGAUGCCAAUAGCCCAUGGUUGACAUAUGCACAGUGGGCAGCCAAAUAUGGCGAUAUUGUCAGCUGCCGAUUCUUCGACAAGCAGGUAGUGAUAUUGAACUCUGAGAGAGUCGCGGAUGACCUCCUCGAGCGGCGCUCUCGCAUAUAUUCUGACAGAGCUGAAGUUUCGACAAUCAUAUUGUCCGGAUGGGAUUUCGACUUUGCAUUUGACCGGUACGGUAACGAUUGGCGUCUACACCGGCGACUCUUUCAGCAGUCCUUCCGUGAACAAAAGGUUCCGGAUUAUCAGUCAACGCAGCGUAUCGCCGCCCACCGUCUUCUGAUUAACAUCGGCAACAACCCUGCGGGAAACCUGUGGGGCCUCCUAUCACUAUGUGCUUCAUCUGCAAUCUUGUCUACAGUGUACGGCUACGAUGUCAAUACCCUCGAAGACCCUCUGUUCACUAUUAACGACAAGGCACUUGAGACAGGAUCUCCGCUUUUGACACAUGAGAAAUCCAUCAUCAUAGACACAUUUCCCUUCGUCAAAUAUCUCCCGAUAUGGUUUCCGGGCACAUCCAUUGUCCGCGAAAUUCUGGUCGCGAAGCAUUGGUCUCAGCUAUAUGUUGACUUCCCUUAUAACUUUACAAUGGAGAAAAUGCGAUCGAAUCCGACAUUCCCUUGUGCGCUUUCGGAAACAAUACGAAGCAGUGAGGAGAGCGGUCAGAACAUACCGGAAUAUAACUUGAAGAAGUUUGCCGCUACUGCUUUCGUUGGUGGCGCUGAAACGUCAUCAAGCGUACUACAGACACUUAUUGUAGUGUUGCUGCAAAACCCUGGCGUACAAAAACGUGCACAGGACGACAUCCGGGCCGUUGUAGGCAGUAAUCGAUUGCCUACAUUUGAGGAUCGGUCCUUGCUCCCCUACAUUGAUGCAGUGAUUCGAGAGGCAAUGAGAUGGAGCCCGGUUACCCCUCUCGGCAUACCCCAUUUCUCCGUGGAAGAUGAUGUCUAUGAGGGCUAUUUCAUCCCCAAAGGCACAACUUUAACUGCCAACACAUGGUCAAUGUCACGCGAUCCCCGCCGUUAUCCCGAGCCCGACACUUUCCGACCAGAGCGAUUCCUGACGAAAGACGGCGAACUCAACAGCGAUGACGUGAGAUUCACGUUUGGGUGGGGUCGGCGCGUCUGUCCGGGACGAUACUCGGCGUUCGCGGCUAUAUGGAUGGCUGUUGCCUCUAUGCUGACAGCGUAUACCUUCGAGAGGGCUCAAGAUGAUAACGGCAUAGAGAUCGAACCGAUUAUUGAGUGGUCCAUUGGCGCUUCGAGGAAACCCAAACCGCUCCCGCUGCGUGUUGUUCCUAGAUUCAGCCAAUCAAAGUUGGAACAGAUGGUGAACGAUGCUCACCAUGAUUGA